AUGCCCGCGGUGUCGAAAGGCGACGGGAUGCGUGGCCUGGCCGUCUUCAUAUCUGACAUCAGGAACUGUAAAAGCAAGGAAGCAGAGAUCAAGAGAAUAAACAAAGAACUUGCCAAUAUCCGUUCAAAGUUUAAAGGAGACAAGGCUCUGGAUGGCUACAGUAAGAAAAAAUAUGUGUGCAAGCUGCUUUUCAUCUUCCUCCUUGGCCAUGACAUUGACUUUGGACACAUGGAAGCUGUCAACCUGCUCAGCUCGAACAAGUACACAGAAAAGCAAAUAGGUUAUCUUUUCAUCUCUGUGCUGGUAAACUCCAAUAGUGACUUGAUCCGCCUUAUUAAUAACGCCAUUAAGAAUGACCUGGGCAGCCGUAACCCCACCUUCAUGAACCUGGCUCUCCACUGCAUCGCUAAUGUGGGAAGCAGGGAAAUGGCCGAGGCUUUUGUUUCAGAUAUUCCACGGAUUUUAGUAGCAGGGGACACGAUGGACAGUGUGAAGCAGAGUGCAGCUUUGUGCCUUCUCCGACUCAACAGGACGUCCCCUGACCUGGUGCCUAUGGGGGAGUGGACAGCACGCGUGGUCCAUCUAUUAAACGAUCAACAUUUGGGAGUGGUAACAGCAGCCACAAGCCUCAUAACCACUUUGGCACAGAAGAGCCCCGAUGACUUCAAAACCUCCAUCUCGUUGGCCGUGACUCGCCUCAGUAGAAUAGUGACUUCAGCGUGCAUAGACCUGCAAGACUACACAUACUACUUUGUUGCUGCUCCCUGGCUAUCGGUCAAACUCUUACGACUUCUACAAUGUUAUCCCCCACCUGAGGAUGCUGCUUUGAGAAGUCGCCUUACAGAAUGUCUGGAGACUAUCCUAAACAAAGCACAGGAACCACCCAAGUCUAAGAAAGUGCAACACUCGAACGCAAAGAACGCUGUGUUGUUUGAAGCCAUUUCUCUGAUCAUUCACCAUGACAGCGAGCCCACACUGUUGGUACGCGCCUGUAACCAGCUGGGUCAGUUCUUGCAGCACAGAGAGACCAACCUGCGGUACUUGGCCCUGGAGAGCAUGUGCACACUGGCCAGCUCCGAGUUUUCACAUGAGGCAGUCAAGACCCACAUGGAGACGGUCAUAAAUGCCUUGAAGACGGAGCGCGACGUGAGUGUUCGCCAGCGCGCCGUGGACCUUCUGUACGCUAUGUGCGACCGCAGUAACUCCAAACAGAUAGUAGCUGAGAUGCUGAGCUACCUGGAGAAUGCGGACUACUCCAUCAGGGAGGAAAUAGUCCUGAAAGUAGCCAUCCUCGCAGAGAAGUACGCUGUAGAUUACACCUGGUACGUGGACACUAUUCUCAACCUGAUCCGCAUCGCCGGAGACUAUGUGAGUGAGGAGGUGUGGUACCGGGUCAUUCAGAUCGUCAUCAACAGAGACGACGUGCAGGGCUACGCGGCAAAGACCGUCUUUGAGGCACUGCAGGCCCCUGCCUGUCAUGAGAAUCUGGUGAAGGUUGGUGGGUACAUUUUAGGAGAAUUCGGUAACCUGAUUGCUGGUGACUCACGCUCAAGCCCCCUGGUCCAGUUCAACCUCCUGCACUCAAAGUUCCACCUGUGCUCCGUGCCGACGCGGGCCCUGCUGCUCUCCGCUUACAUCAAGUUCAUAAACCUGUUCCCUGAAGUGAAGGGCACCAUCCAGGAAGUGCUGCGCUCAGACAGCCAGCUACGCAACGCUGACGUGGAGCUGCAGCAGAGGGCCGUGGAAUACCUGAGACUCAGCUGCAUCGCCAGCACCGACAUCCUGGCCACAGUGCUGGAAGAGAUGCCCCCAUUCCCUGAGAGAGAGUCUUCAAUCCUGGCCAAGUUGAAGAAGAAGAAAGGCUCCAUGAACGUUCCAGACAUCGACGAUUCGAGAAAGAACAUGAACGGAAACGGACACGUGGAGCACAACAACAACAUAGAGGAGCCCAGUGAAGCUCCAGCCCAGUCCCCUGCUUCAGUGGUGGCUGCCCUUAUUCCUACCAACAGGCCACGCCCUACAUCUUCUAGUCCAAUCAUACCCUCCUCUGGAAUUAUGCCUGCCUCCCACCCCUUCACAGACCUGUUAAAUCUGAAUUCUCCCCCGGCUACUGGAGGGGGGAGUCUGCUGGUCGACGUGUUUUCUGACUUCCCUGGUCAAGCGCCGGCUCCUCCUGCUGCUGCUGCUACUGCUGAAGUGUCUGAGGACAACUUUUUGAGGUUUGUUUGUAAGAACAACGGCGUUCUGUUCGAGAACCAGCUGCUGCAGAUCGGACUGAAGUCCGAGUACAGGCAGAAUCUGGGUCGAAUGUAUGUGUUCUAUGGCAACAAGACUUCUGCCCAGUUCCUCAGUUUCACUCUCCCACAGCUGAUAGUCCACGCCAAGCCAGCGGAGCCUGUGAUCGAGGGCGGAGCUCAGAUGCAGCAGAUCUUCAACAUGGAGUGUGUCUCUGAUUUUUCUGACGCUCCAGUGCUCCAGAUUCAGUUCAGAUAUGGUGGCGCUCUCCAAAACCUGGCUGUCAAACUCCCCAUAAUGCUCAAUAAGUUUUUCCAGCCCACAGAAAUGACAUCGCAAGACUUUUUCCAGCGCUGGAAACAGCUGGGAGCUCCGCAGCAGGAAGUUCAGAAAAUAUUUAAAUCCCAACAUCCGAUGGAUAUAGAUGUCACUAAAGCCAAGAUCAUAGGUUUUGGGGUUGCUCUAUUGGAUGGGGUUGAUCCAAAUCCUACAAACUUUGUGGGAGCAGGAGUCAUCCACACAAAGAGCACUCAGGUGGGCUGUCUACUCAGACUGGAGCCCAACACACAAGCCCAGAUGUACCGCCUCACUCUUCGAACCAGUCGAGAUUCUGUUUCUCAGAGACUCUGUGAUCUUCUCUCAGAACAGUUUUAA